GGGUCUUUUAGAUUUUCCAAGGGUAGCUCAUCUCUUUUUGAAGUUGCACAUUUUGGAUCUCUCAAACAACGACUUCGCUGGUCCUUUACCAGCCAAUCUGAUAGCGAAACUUCAAGGGAUGAUGAAUGGACAAAAUGGGCAAAAGCCACAAGACAAAUCAUUGUACAUGAGGCAGCAAGCUGGAAAGGAAUUCUAUGAAGCUUCUGUGAAUGUGAUCAUGAAAGGAAAGGAGAUUCGGCUGGAGAGGAUCUUGACCAUUUUCACAACCAUCGACUUAUCGCUCAACUCUUUUCAAGGGAACAUCCCGAGUGUUAUUGGAAAUCUUCAUUCUCUCAUAGGGCUCAACCUUUCCCACAAUCACCUCACGGGUUCCAUUCCUUCAACCCUUGGAAAUUUGACUAAUCUUGAAUGGCUUGAUUUAUCUUCAAACAAGCUUAGUGGGAGUGUUCCUAGAGAAUUGGUAGAUUUGUCAUUCCUUGAGUAUUUGAACCUCUCAGAUAACCAACUCAUGGGCCCCAUACCUCAAGACAAGCAACUGAGCACAUUCACAAGCGACUCAUUUCAUGGAAACCUAGGCUUAUGUGGAACUCCAUUACGAAAUACAUGCCCUGGUGAUGCUCAGCCUCCAUCGCCACCACCUUCAUUCUUCCAAGAGGAUACUACAAGAGAGCAUGGUAGCAGGUUUGAUAGGAAAGCAAUCGGGAUAGGCUAUGCAUCUGGAAUCGUGAUUGAAAUCUCCAUAGCGUACAUUUCAUGUGAAACUGGAAGACCCAAAUGGCUUGUGGGAAAAGUGAGAAGCAUGGAGAGAAGAGCCAAAUUGAUGAAGAAGCCAAAGCAGAAGGCCAUCAAAUUUCAUGGAGGCCAAUGAAAUUGUUGGGAAGUGGUCCCUUCGAACUAUGUGCAAUGUAGA